GAUUAUCUGCUAGUUUUGCUGUGAUAGUUCGUUAAAAUGUUAGCGCAACGCUUUUCCGACAAUGAUCAGUCGAAAAGAGAUAUACCGUCGUUUAUUGAACCUAUGCCUCCGUUGAUUUCGAAUCCUUUCAUGAGACCCCGGCCUCAGAAAGGCACCAAUUUGUUGGAACUAUUUGAGGAGGAUUCGGAGAGUGAAGAGCCUGAGUUAGUGCAAGUAUACCUGCGGUUGAAGCCCUACCAUUCGCCAAGUAACUUGUAUGAAAUAAGAUCGGAUCGGUGUCUGAUAACAUCAGUGGAUACUGCCACAGCGGGUCAUGGGCGGCGCACCCAGCACAAUGUGUCUAAAAUGUACACCUUCUCGCACAUAUUUGGACCAGAAGCGACACAAAAGGAAGUAUUUGAAAAUGUGGUCAAAGACAACCUGAAGAAACUACCAGAAGGUCACAACUUCACCUUGUUAACUUAUGGGGCAUCAGGCUCUGGCAAAACUUACACCCUGAUGGGGACAGUAGCGUCUCCUGGGCUGGUGCCAAGGUCCUUGGAGUAUGUGUUUAGAGUGGUGGACGCUGCACAGCAACCGCUGUACAAACCUGCUGAUGGGGGCUCUGAAAAACUGUGCAUUGCUGAACAAGAUUAUGAAUUACAGUGGGUGAAGAGACUGCGUCAUGUGUCUGCUCCCCUGAGAGACAAAUAUCGCAGGAUGAGUGCAGGGCUCUGCAGUGACUUUACCAUGAGCACCAUGGACCUAUCCAAUAGGACUAGGCAUUAUGUUUGGGUGUCCUUUGUGGAGAUAUACAAUGAAGGAAUAUAUGACUUGCUUGCUUCAUCUGACAGAAGAAAUUCUUCUAAAUUACGGAUUCGAGAGGAUGCUUCAGGAAAUGUCUAUGUGAAGGGUAUAACACAAGCCUUUGUACGGACUGGUGAAGAGGCCUAUGACGUGAUGGUGGCUGGAAAACAUAAUCUACAAGUGGCUGCCACUGGUGUCCAUGCGCAGUCUUCAAGAUCCCACUGCAUCUUCACCAUAACUAUGCUCACUGAGACAGAGGCGGGCGUGCGAACAUCGUGCGUGCGCCUUUGCGACUUAGCGGGCUGCGAACGCGCGCGACGCACGCGCAACACCGGCGCACGCAUGGCCGAGUCGCGCGCCAUCAACUCGUCGCUGCACGUGCUCGAGCGCUGCCUGCACACGCUGCGCCGCCGCCAGCGCCGCGCGCCCGCCGCUUGCGUGCCCUACAGGGAGUCGAAGCUGACGCGCCUGCUAGGCGCAGGGUUGUCAGGCGCGCGCGGCGAAGCGGUCAGCAUGGUGGUGACGCUCAACCCUGCGCCCGAAUACGCGCACGAGACCAAGCACGUGUUACAACUGGCCGCUGUGGCGAGGGACAUACAGGUGAACAACACGAUAGCGGAGUCGACUCUCGAGAGUAGUUCGCAGUACGACACCACCAUCGGAAGCAGCGCCGAGGUCGUCAAGCUGAGGUCCGACAACGAAAGGCUGCACUUUGAGCUCGUCCAGGCGCAGUCCCGCAACAAGGAGUUGCUAGCCGCCAUGGAGGAGCGGCAGCAGGAGGCCGCGGCCACCAUGCGAGAGCUGGUGGAAGAGGCCAAGGACAUGACGCGCCAGUACUACGAGGCGCAGCUCGAAGCGGCAAGGGCUGAGAUGGAAGAGAUGAUCGAAGAAUACGAAAGUCGUCUAAGCAAAACCGCCAAACCCAAGUCUGAAUCGGAAACUCCCUUAAAAUCUCUACAAAAUAAAGUAGCACAACUAAUGACAGAGGUGGCAAUACUAGAGGAGAAACUGACAGCGGAGCGUCUGGCCCGCGCUCGAGCUGAAGAAGAAGUGCAACAUCUUAGAGCUUGCAUUGAGGAGAGAGACGAAAAAGCAUUUGAAGAAAACGCUUCUGGAAACCGUGAAGACGUCAUGCUCCUCUCAGACAGUGACCAUGAAAGUGAUGAAGAAAUAGACGACCCUUGCAAUGAAUCCCUGGAACCCACCUUUAAGAAAGAGGACAUAAACAGAUCCAGACUUCUCCUACAAAACACUUUUGACCAGAACAGCAUCCACAGCGAAAACAGUUUCAACAACAGUGCACGCAGCAAUCGCACGGUUGAAAACGAAGACAGCGUUAUAAAUAAAUCAAGUGGUACGUUAAAAGAGCAUGAUACCAGUCAUGAGAGUACUAAAGAAUCUGUAUAUGCGACAGGCGAAGAUGACAGUGGAUCCACUAACAAAACAAAUGAUAAUAUGCAUGAUAGUGGAGCAAAUGAUACUAGAAAUGUUAGCGAUAUGAAACUACCGGUCACCCAAAAUGAGAAGCACCGUAAUGUAUCGGAAUAUAAUCAGACUUACGACAAUCGAGAGUCAUUAGCGAAAGCUCCAGAAGAACUGGCUCAUAAAGAAACAACUGUAAAUUCUAAUAAAAGCAACGAAUACGAAUUGUUAAAACCUAAAGAAACUGUUCCAAGAGGAACAUAUUUCGUUAGAUGUAGUGCAGAUGUUGAUGUAUCCAUGGAAAAUUUGAGCUUAAAUGAACCGAAUUCACUUACGCGUGGAACGUACUUUGUAAAAGAAGCAGAUCGCUUCGUAAUUCCCGCUGCUGAUACUAUAGAUGAAGGAAUCGCCGAAGAUCCUUCCAUUGACUCCCCUGUAGAUGACCUGAGAAAACCACCAUCUAAAGUAUCUGAAACAUUAGUAACUAAAAUAAUAAAGUCUAUAAAAUCUUCCCAGGGAAGUAAUACUUCAUUGGCACAAUUUGAACAGCUAGAAAAGGCUUCAAAAAACUGUGAUGUUUCAAAAGUUGAUACUAACCUUGUUGGUUCUGUAAAUAAACCAAAAGAAAAAAGAAGAUAUUUUGACGAAAACUCUCCGAAAAUUGACGAAGAAAAUUUAAUACCCGUUCCGAAGCUACUGAAAGAGAAGAAGACUUAUUUUGAUAAUAUUGAUGUCAACAUCGAACCACCUAAUGACAAUGCUGGCGAAAUCAAUCAUGAGGUCGAUAAUUUACAAUUUGACGUUACCAGAUCACCGUCCAUAGUCAAAGAUGAGGGCACUAAUGAUUUUAAACCGAGUGCUAUAAAGAAAUUAUUAGGAGAGAGUUUCACAAGACAACCAGAAAUAAUUUCCUCCGUACAAAAAGUAAAAGUUCUGCAUAAGAAACACGAAUCUGUUGACUUAUUCGAAGGGCUGGAUUCCCCUCGGCCAAUAGCCAAAACUCCUGAGAAAGUUGACGUGGUAGCACAAGCAAAAAAGUCUAUAGACCAGUUAGUUCAAGAUCAAAAGUCCGCUAGCAAAGUUACCGCUAAUAUAAAGCGAGACAUAAAGAUAGAACGACAAUCAAUUGCAGAAGAAUCAACAGAAAUCGAUUCUGCUCCUGUUGAAAUAAAUCCAGUGGAGAUAGAUAUGGCAAAAAAUUACGCGGAAGAAAAAUCGCCACUUAAAAGCUCUGCAACUGUAUCUAAAACAUCUGAGAACAUUGUUGAACUAGCAACGUCCACAGUAAAAGCACCUAAAAGUACCAAAAUGAUUCCAGAAGUUGCGCCAGAGUCAAAAGAAGUAAAGAAAGAGGUUCCAAAUGAGUCCAUCAAAGUUAACAACACUAUUGAAGAAUUCGACAACUUAUACAAAGACAUUUCAGCCUCCCGUGCCACUGAAUUUGAACUACUCGUCUCCCAAGUGAACACAUCAUCUAAAGAAGAAAAAGUAGAGCAUACUGAGACAGCUGAAGAAAUAAAAUACAAUUUACGCCACAAAAGCACUAAAUCUGAAGGCGUAAAGUUCUCUGAUAAAAUACACAGAGGAGACGAAGAAGUGCUACUAGAAAGCCAUGCAAAAUGUGAAAGCAAAGCUAAAACUACUAAACGGAGUUUGAGAUUACGCAGGCGUAAGAAUCAAAGUGACGAAGAACAGAUGGACCAAGAAAAUAAGCUUAAAGAUAUAGUUAAUCUGCAGAAAGAGUUCUCUGAUGUGACAAUGGAUGUGCCAGCACCCGUGAAGGUGGUUAAGGAAAUACAGUCGCCUGAAAAACCUGCGGGGGAAGACGAAAAUGUGCCUCCUUUGAUGGGGAUACAAAGCUGUCCAUCUAAAAGUGUAACCAGAAGCCGCCGCAAGUUGUUUACACCUCGAGCAGAGCCGCUAGACGAGUCCAUGGGCCAGCCUGGAGAUAGCUCGGAACGAGUUUACGUGCCGCGGCCCUCCUACCACCGGGCGCGGGCUCGCCGCAAGCUGUAGAUGCCCUUGUCAAGCUCACGACGACCCUUCUAAAGACAUUGACUUAGUAUGAAGGAGAGGGGCCCUGGGCAUUUGAUGGUAAUGGGGGUGCCCUCUUCCUCCAAAAAUAUUCACAGUUCAACUUUUUUUGAGAACCGACGGGGGCCCCCUCCAUUCUGUCACGAGCUCCAAGUGCCCAGUGACAAAGAGGGCCUGCCGUUUAUAGGACCUUGACAUGGGAAGGAGAUUACAAGCGCAACGAUAUGCUGCCCCAAGCUGUGAAAAUCUUUUUGUUUCUUUUGCUUAUUUGUGUCAAAGAGUCGGCGUGAAACUGAAACUUACGACAAAAAAUGUACAAAAAUUAAAAUCUUAAUUUAGGCUUAUAUUGUUUUACGUAUAUAAACGUUAGAAUUAUAAAUAGGUAUUGAAUAUUAAAUAAAAAUAUUAGUAUUAGAGAGCUUUUUUAA